AUGUACGGCCCAAGCCGCAAGCGCUCGUUCGAGGCGGACACCGACAGUCGCAACAACAGCAACAGCGGCCACAACAGCCACAAGCGCUCGCGCCUCGACGACCGCACCCGCCACGCCCCACGACGCACCGACCGCGUGCAAGAAAGCGAUGGCGCCCGCGCCUGGCGAUUGGCUAAAAAGGCGGUCAUCGAGCUCGGCGACGACGACAGCAGCAGCGGUCCCGGCAGUCACGAGGUCUCGACGCCGCUGCUGCUGCACACGCGCGACUUGCUGCUGCAGGAGAUGGAGGCGGACGCGCAGGGCGUGAAGCUCGGGCACCUCGUGGCGCUCGUCGUGCGCGCCGCUGCCCGCUUGGCGCCCAAAACAGCGCUCUAUGCGACUCUUGUUGCCCUCCUCAAUGCCCAGCAACCAGGGUUCGGGCAAGCUGUGGUCGCUAGUGCUACGCGCACGGUUGAGCUGGAUCUGGCUUUUUUCUGUCGUGCGACACGCGAGCACGUUGCCGAAGCGGUGGACAUGGACGCGUUCCGUCGGAACAAAGACACGACAGCUGUCGCUAUCCGCGUGCGGCUCUUGGUGCGGUUCUUGGCGGCGCUUAGUGCUGUUAAAGUGUGUCAAGUGGACAAUGUGCUGGAGCUGCUGGACGCGUUCCAGCGGCCGUGUACGGCACAGGAGGAAGACAACGACGACGACGAUGACGCACCGUGUGGGUCGAUGACGUCGUCGCUGCGAGCUCGAGAAGAUGCUGCAGCGUGGAAGGACUUUUUCGCUUUGGUCGUGCUGGAUGCUUUGCUGCAUGGCGGGCACGACCUCGUGCGGACGUCCGCGAGCGCGGGUCAGACGCUCUGGAGUCGGUGCAGAGAGUACGUGCUGUAUCGUGGGGAAGAGCGCAACCCACGGACAUCGAGUGCAGGGCCGUCGUCGUGGCGUACAAGACGUUUGCAGAUGGACUUGCUGUGGGGACCCGAGGAUGAAGACGAGCUGCCAGCGCUCUGUGCUUCGAGUGACGUACUGUCGCUGUUUUAUGAAGCAGUGAGUGCUGUCCAGAGUGUCGAGGGAGAGGACAAGGCUGCUGCGUGGCACUUUCCGGGUGUGAGUUAUUCGCUCGACGAUUUUGCUUCGAAACUCGAGAAUGCUGAGGCGCAUUCGUUCACAGUAUCCUUUGCUAUCGACUUGAUUAAGCUCGACUCGAACAAGAUCCCAGCGUACACGGCAUGGUUCCGGAUCCUGUCGGAGGAAUCUGGCGUCGCUGGUGCCGCUGUUGCGGCGAUGCCGCUGGCAUCGUACCUCACCAUUCGCAAUCAUUUUGUGGACACAUUCGAGACGUCGUACCCAAAGCCUGCCAUUGCGGCCAAACUGUUGCUGGGUCAAUGUCGCACCCAAAACGCUCGGUUUGCGUCAUCUGUGGCAGAGGGGGCUAGUCCCGUGAAGACUGAGUAUUUGCUUCUGGAGACGUUGUUGGUGGCGGCCUUGAGCGAGAGCACGAAGGCCAAGCUUGGCUACUUCUGCUCGGUGUUGUACCACCUUGUGAAGACGGAUGCCAGUAUGGUGUCCCCACCGCUGGCUGUAGUCGUGGAGUUGCUGUUUCGUCAAGUGCCGACAAUGCGUGCUGCCGCUGUUGAUUCGUUCGUGUUACUCUUGAGUCACUUCCUGUCGAACUUUGAGUUCAAGUGGCGCUGGGCCGCAUGGUCGUACGUGCUGGAAGCCAGCGAGGACGAUCCUCAGCGUCUUUUUGUCAGCGCUGUUAUCGAACGCUGCGUGCGUCUUUCGUACCUGCAGCAUAUGCAGAGCACCCUACCCGCUGAAUUCCACGUGCUUUUGCCUCCAGCUCCCAAGCCUCGUAUUCGAUUUCGUGCCGCGAAAGAGGAAGACGCAGUAAUUGGUGCUAUGCCUGAUGACACCAGCCCUGCGUCAGAGUUUUACCAGUCUGUGGCAACGAAGCUGAAAGGCCAUCCGCCCGCUUCAGCUCUGCGCUCCUGGCUCAACGAAGAGCUCCCGCGUCUGGAAAUAUCGCGCACAGAGGCGAUUGAAGUAGUGUGGACAUGCAUCUUGGAGGCUGGUGCGGCCACAUUCACACACAUGCGACUACUGCUGGAAAAGUAUGGCAAGCGCGGCGAGCUCUUUGCUGGUGCACACCAGUCGGGCGAAGACGUGGAUGCCGAUGGACUUGCUUUGGUCAAGACGGUAGCUUCUGUUUGGUUGAAGUCGCCGCAGCACAUCGGCCUGAUUCUGAACGCGAUGCUGCGUCAGGAUCUGCUCCGUCCAGUUGCGAUCGUAACAUGGGUCUUCACCCCUGAUGCUGUGCAGCAGUACAGCUGGCCGUACGUGUGGGAGAUUCUCCGUGACACGCUGAAGUUUGUCCGGGAUGCCAUCGACGCCAAGACGCAAAAGUUGGAGCAGGCAGCAGCACCGAGAUCAUCGGAAGACCGCGACGAAGAAAUGCCCGACGUUGCCACGCUUGAGGACGAUCGCAAACGCUUGCAGGAGGACAUGCGGCAGCUGCUCAUACUAUUGUUCAAAGGCUUUAAUCGGGUGCUGAUAGAGCACAAAGCCGAAUGUGAAGCGGAAGGCUCUGAUCCCCGCGACAACUGGUUCCACAGUACGCUUUCGCAGAUGCAAGCCAUAGGCCACCGCUACCGCGUGCCACUCGAAGGUGCUCUGGACGAGCUGCAGCUUGGGAUUUUCAGUUCUAGCGCCUCGGCAGAUGCGGACGCCAUUAAACUCUAUCAGCUCAUUCGUGACACGUACCGCAGUGCUUAG